AGCAUCAUGUCGGAAACCGACACCCGCAAAUACCGUCUAAAAGUCACAGCCGGACCCAGCUACGAUCCCUCUACACAUCAGCUGGUCCCAGUGAACGAAGACCAGACCCUACGAAUUGAAAAUGAACUUGCAAUCACGAGACUCUGCGUCCGUGUCCAAGACUACACAGGCUACACAGACAAUUCCUCAAAGACAAAUCCCUACUUCGACCAUCCCCUCCACCUAUCAGAUCAAUACUCCAUCUCCUUUGCCAUUGUUUUCAAGCGCCCGGUCAACGCCAAUUCCCUCCUCUUCGGCAACGAUUUCGACCGCCCCAUUCGCGACUGCUUGCCGCCUGGUUUCAACGCCGCUCUCCGUCUCGUCAAGUGGAUGAUCGAUCCCACCCUUGAAGGGGAUGUGUAUGCCGAUAAACCGUACCUCUAUAGCCCGGCUGUGGCCUCGUGGAACCAGUUUUGUAUCGGGGAGAAGAUCACCAAGGACGACGAAGUACCCGAUAUGCAUGACCGGGUUGUGGAAGAGGGGGGCGAGGGGUCCGGGGUGGAGGUGCGAGAGCAGUUGGGGGUCCCGGGGGGUGUGAAUGAGCGGAGGAAGUAUUUCCAGUCGGAGGAGGCGAGGGAUGGGUUCGUGUUCGAGGAGGGGAGAAUUUAUUGGGUGGAUUUUGGGAACCCUUAUCUGGGCUUUAAUGAUUUCUCGCUGCGGCUUCCCGGGAUUACUAUGAAUGUUAUUCAAUAUAUUAAUGAGGAUAACCAUUCGCUGCGGUAUGUGUUGAGGAAUCGGGAUACGGGGGAGGUUUAUUUGGUUGUGCUGUUUACGCUUGUGUUGCAGGGGACGUAUGAGGAACCGUUGCAUAAGGAGGCUGAGAGGAUGAAGAAGGAAAGCAAGGCGCAGCAUGAGAAGAAUGAGGGGAAGAUGGGGAGAUUCGAGUGGGAACCUGAGCCGUCGGCCGAUGAUAUUGAGUAG